CGGCUUUGUCGCGACUUUGAUGUUAUAGGAAAUGAUUAUUUUAUGAAGAGGGAAGCGAGGACACACUUGGAAACAACAAUAGCACAAUAGCUUGGUGCUGGAUUUACUAUGGCCUCAAAAAUUCCUAGGAAUGCUAUGUCUCUAAAGCAGUUUAUGCUUCAUCAAGAAGUCUUAAAACUUUAUCGUAGUUUUCUAAGAUCUAUCAGAGAGGUUGAAUCUCCAUCCGACCGUCAACAAUUGCGAGAAUGGGUACAAACUGAUUUUCGCAAACACAGGCAUGAGACUGAUGAAAUAACGAUUAGAAAUUUAGUAGUCAACGGAGAAAGAGCGCUGAAAGAACUUCAACAGUCCCUGGCUCUUAGUCGCAGUUGACAAAAAUUUGAAGAGUAUAGCUUAUAAGCUUUACAUAGCCAUGUUCAAAAAACUUUGCAAUUAGGACAUGAUUUUUUGCCCAUCAUUUACCUGAGUGUACAGAAAUGUGUAAACACUUGAUCUCAUUUGAUUUGCCAGUGGGGAUCCUGGUAUACUAGGUGGUAAAGAAAUAAAGUUAUUAUUCUA